AUGGUGGAAUCUGAGGAAGAGAAAGAAGAGGAAGGAGAUGCCGAUGCUGAUACCGAGAUUGACGAGAGUAGUCAUGUUACACCGGAUGUGGAUUCAGGUACAAAGAAGAGAAAGAAUGCUGACCAAGGAGCAGAUGCAAGGAAGAAGAAGUUGUUGUGCCAGCUAGCUGCUUCAAACAAGAGGAGCGGGAUCACUGACAAAGACAUGAAGCAAUUCUUCGAGGGUUUGUUAAAAGCUUCAUUUACUGCUUUUGAGGGGAAAAUCGCUGCGAAAAAGAAAGAAUUAAUCACCGAUGAUCCGCUUAUUGAUUUACCUGGAGUAAACUUGACUCUAUCACCGGGAAUUGAUGUUCAUAUGAGUAAACAAGAUUACUUGCAAAGAUGCUUCCCAGACCUUUCACAGGAUACAUUUGUAGAGGGUUUUGAUCCUUCUCAGCCUAAAACCGAUGAUCCUUUGGCUUUGUCCUCUCUAGGAACAUCAGAGAAAAUAGAUGUUCGGGAAUUAAAUGACUAUCAAACUGCACGACCCGGUGAGAACGAUCCUGAUGCGCAAUUCGUAUAUGUGGAUCCAGAAAAUUAUGAAAGACUUCAAGAGUGGCAAGACUUAAGAACAGGUUUACAGGUUGGUCCUUGUUUUUUAAACGAGGCAAUAUGUACUCGAAUUAUAAGUCAAUUUGAGUGGAUUCACAACAUU